AUGGGUAUCGACCUCGACAGGCACCACGUCCGAUCGAGCCAUCGCAAGGCCCCCAAGAGCGACAAUGCCUACUUGAAGCUUCUCGUCAAGCUUUACCGCUUCUUAGCGAGGAGGACCGAUAGCAAGUUCAAUGCCGUCGUUCUGAGGCGUCUCUGCAUGUCCCGCAUCAAUCGCCCGCCGAUGUCGCUCUCGAGAAUCAUCCAGACCGCCGCCAACGAGCACGCCGCGAAGACACACGAGGGAAAGACGAUCGUUGUGAUCGGUAGCAUUACGGACGACGUACGGCUGCUCGAAGUGCCCAAGCUCAGCAUCGCUGCCAUGCGCUUCACCGCAACCGCACGCGCUCGCAUCGUCAAGGCCGGAGGCGAGUGCCUGACCCUUGACGAGCUCGCACUGAGGGCUCCUACUGGUGCCAACACCCUUCUGCUCCGGGGACCCAAGAACGCUCGCGAGGCUGUUAAGCACUUCGGUUUCGGACCUCACUCACACAAGAAACCAUAUGUGGAGAGCAAGGGCAGGAAGUUCGAGAAGGCUCGUGGCCGCAGACGGUCCAAGGGUUUCAAGGUGUAA